GACUAACUUGGUGACUCCUGGUUUCUCCCUCAGAUGUUCAUCUGGAGCUGGAGAGCCGUCUUGCCAAAUUCAUGGGAACUGAAGAGGCCAUCAUUUAUUCCUACGGCUUUGCGACCAUCGCCAGUGCCAUCCCAGCCUACUCCAAGAGGGGUGACAUGAUCUUUGUGGAUGAAGCCGCCUGUUUCUCUGUGCAGAAGGGGCUUCAGGCAUCUCGCAGCUUCAUCAAAUACUUCAAACACAAUGACAUGGAGGACCUGGAGAGGCUGCUGAAGGAGCAGGAGCUGGAGGACCAGAAGAAUCCUCGGAAAGCUCGAGUGACACGGAAGUUCAUUGUGGUGGAGGGUCUGUACAUCAACACAGCAGACAUCUGUCCUCUUCCUGAGCUGGUAAAUUCUACACUCAAGAUUUUUAUUUCCCUCCUAAACAAACCUCAUCGUCUUUAUUGAUCCACUGAGCCGGUU